AUCUAGAACAAAAUUCAGAAGAACAUGCUGAAAUACUGUCAAUAUAUUGUCAUGGGUCAUCAGUAUUUAGAACAUAAGAAAAGAGAAAACGACUUCUAUAGACUGGUGAACUAAAGUCUAAACAACUUGUCGCCAAUAAUGUCACAGCCAUCAAUAUUUCUCUCACACGGAGGAGGACCAUCUUAUUAUAUUUCAGUGGAAGACACGACUUCGAGAUUUUCUGCUUUGAAAGGUCUGGACAAAGAUUCGAAAGCAGCACAAUUCUUAAGAAAUUUGACAAAAAGCCAGCAAAUCCAACGCCCGGAUUGUUUAUUAGUACUAAGUGCUCACUGGGAAGAGAGUGUUUGUACCGUCAACUCUGGCAGUCAUCAUACUCUCCUAUAUGACUAUGGGGGAUUCCCUCCAGAAACCUACAAGAUAAAGUGGCCGGUACGUGGAGCUCCAGACAUUGCACGGAGAGUAAAAAAAUACCUGGAAGAUGCUGGAAUUUCGUGUUCCGAGGAAUCUAAAAGGGGACUCGAUCAUGGAGUUUUUGUUCCACUGAAAUUGGUGUAUCCUGAAGCAGACAUUCCAGUUGUGCAGGUUUCUUUGUUAAAAAGUAUGAGAAUGGAAGACCAUUUAAAGAUAGCAGAGGCACUUUCACCUUUAAGACAAAACAAUGUUCUAAUCAUAGGAAGUGGUUUUGCUACACACUCCAUUGGACAAAGUAGCAUACCAGCACAGUGGGCAAAGGAUUUCAAAGUGUGGCUAAAUGAUGUUUUAACCAACAAAAGUUAUUCCCCUGCAGAAAGGAAGGCAAGGUUGCUGGACUUCAAGUCUCUCCCAGACUUUACAAAGGCACAUCCUACCAUGGACCACUUCCUUCCUCUCGCCAUGACUUGUGCAGCAGCUGAGUAUGGUCCAGGGAAACUUAUCUACUCAGAAUUUGUCAGAUCCUUACUCAAUGAACAUUACAUGUUCUGAGAAUCACCAUGAAUACUUACUGCCAUAUCAAAUCAUAAACAUCAUAUUAGUCCAUUGUCUCUAAGUAAGUUUUGCCUAGCAAGGAGUUUUUUUAGUUGAUUGAAAUGUAUUCCCCUAUUCAGUCAUCUAAAGCUUUCCAAAUUUGGAAAUUUUUAACAAUAUUUUCUUUUCUAUGUACAUGUAGAAACAUGUAGAAUACAGAAGCAUCUCUGAACGUGCAUUUUAUCAUAUUGUUUGAUCAGCAUUAGAAUACAGAACUGCUUAUUUUGAAAUAAUUUCUGUUAUAUAUGGAACAUCUUAUUUUCCUCCGAUGCAAGUUGUUCUUAUACAAAACACAAAAAAUUACAUGAAUAUGUACUAACACUUUUGCAUCAUUUUUAGUCAAUGUACAUCUGUUAAAGCAUCUUUAUUUUUUAAUUACAAAUGUUGUUUUUUUUUUUUUGCUUGAGCUGAUUAUGACAUUAAAAUCCUAGAAUAUCAAGGAAUUUGGUCAUUCUCU